AACCGGGGCCGCGGGUGUGAGCUACCGGGCGGCCUCUUGCUCAGUCAGCCGGGGGGUCAGCUCGGCAGCAGGCGUCCGACCUAAAUAGCCUGUGGGUUGGAGGCGCAGAGCGUCCGCGCGAGGCGGCUGGGGAACCGAGCAGAGGGGAAGGCCGGGCAGGGUUAGGGGUAGGGGUUACGGUUAGGGUUAUCAGAGGGGUAAAACCCAGGAAAGAUGAUGUGGCCCAAUUUUUUCCUCCAGCAGGAGGAGCAGCGCAUGGGUAGCUUGCGGGGCCGGGUGGGCGGCAAGCGGCGCCCGGCCCUCAGCGACGCCCAGGAGGGCAAGAUCAAGCUGGCCUUCUUUGUGGCCAUUGUGGGGGUGACGCUGACCGUGCUGGCCGUGGGCACCGAGUUCUGGGUGGAGCUCAACACCUACAAGCAGAACCACAGCGCCAUGUGCGAGGCCGCCCACUACGGCCUCUGGAAGUUCUGCUACAAGAAGCUCUGGGUGGAGGACAUGGAGGUGGAGAGGGCGACCUGCGGCCCGGCCGAGCUGCCCGGAGAAGCCAACUGCUCCUACUUCAAAUUCUUCAGCACGGGGGAGAACGCCCGCAUUUUCCAGAGAACAACAAAAAAAGAGCUGAACAUCACGGCGGCUGUGAUCUCUCUUCUGAGCAUCACCCUGAUGGUGAUGGGCUCCCUGUGCAUCACCAUGGCGCUGAGCAAAGGGGUGGAGUUCCUGCUCAAACCCGCCUCCUGCUUCUUCAUGAUCUCGGUAGGGAUCAUGGUGCUGAUCAGCCUGGAGGUUUUCCGCCGCUCGGUGAGGCGGCUUAUCGAGAGCGACCAGAGCGUGCCGCUGGAGUACGAGUACUCGUGGUCCGUGGCCUGCGCCGUGGCCGCCGGCGCCGUGCUGAUCUUCGGCGGUGGCUGCUUCCUCCUCCUCUCCCUCCCGGCCCUGCCCAAGACCUGGCAAUGCUGUGCCCGGAGCACCGCCACCAGCAGUGCCUGACGGACACCAUCCGGGGGGACGUGGGCCGGAGUCUGGGGGGCGAAGGGGUCACAGACAAACUAUUUCUUUACGGCCCACCUGGGGGGGCGCCCUGCCUCA